AUGGGGAAAGCAUGCAAGAAGCAGUCGUCCUUGUUCGUAAAGCUUCUCCGCCGCCGUGUACACGAAACAUAUGGAAGCUUCUCCAAUCCAUCCAUCAACGAACUGGCUGACGUCCUCCGAACCAAGUAUCCGGAAUACGCUCGCCACAAGCCCCAACUGUUAACAAGGAUGGUCAAGCAAACCCUAGAUUCCGACAACAACAACAAGCGGAAAUUAAGUAGGAACAACGAUGAGGAUGAUGAUGAUAUCACAUCGGUGUCGUCAUGCAAAAAAGCGAAGAAAAUCGAUAUUGGAGAACAGACCUCUGAGGAUGGAGACGAAGAUAUGAGUGCGGUUGCGACGUCGUACAGCCCUGAGUUUGAUCUAACGAAAUCAAUGCUUCGAAACAAAUACAAACCUAAAACUGUAGAGUUAGAGCUUCUUACCGAUAGCAUCGAUAGAAAAGUUGAUUUGCGGAUGGAAGAUAAAUCUGUUAAGCGCGCGAACAAUUUUCCUAAUGCUGAUGGUGUUGGAAAAGUUAGACUUAAGGAUCUUGGUGGUAUCGAUGAUGUGUUGCGUGAGCUACUGCUGGAAGUAAUUAUUCCUUGGUAUCGUCCGGACGUGCCUCUUAGCAUUGGAGUAAGGCCCACGACUGGUAUUUUGUUACAUGGGCCGCCUGGGUGCGGCAAGACUACACUAGCUAAUGCUAUUGCUAAUGAGGCUGGAGUUCCAUUUUAUAACAUUGCAGCCCCUGAGUUGGUCUAUGGGGUAUCUGGUGAAUCAGAAGAGAAGAUACGUGAGCUGUUUUCAAAUGCACACAAAACUGCACCGUCUAUAGUUUUCAUUGAUGAGAUUGAUACAAUAGCUUCGAAAAGAGAAAACCUUCAAAGGGAGAUGGAUAAACGUAUUGUGACACAACUAAUGAUUUGUAUGGAUGCCGCUUCAAAACAUGAGGAUGGGAAACCGGGAUAUGUUUUGGUGAUCGGUGCUACCAAUAGACCUGAUGCUCUUGACCGGGCAUUAAGAAGGCCGGGGCGUUUUGACCGUGAGAUUACUUUAGGUGUUCCGGAUGAAAAUGCUAGAACAAAGAUUCUUCGUGUGCUUACACGAAAUGUAAAACUUGGAGGUGCUUUUGAUCUCGUCAAAGUCUCAAAGUUAACUCCAGGUUUUGUUGGAACUGAUUUGGUAUCGUUGGUGGACAAUGCUGGUCGCCUUUGUAUGAGGCGAAAUAUUGAGGCAAAAGAGUUGGAACUUUCUGCACAAGAUGAAGACUGGUGGAAGAAGCCAUGGACCCUUGAUAAGGCUAACCUUAACAUCACGAUGUCUGACUUUGAGGAAGCAGCCAAGCUGGUUCAGCCCUCUUCUAAAAGAGAAGGAUUCACGAGCAUUCCCGAUGUCAAAUGGGAAGACAUUGGAGGUCUUGAUCGGUUGAGAAUGAAGUUUAACGAGUACAUAGUCAACCGUAUAAAAGAUCCUGUUGCGUAUGAGAAAAGUGGACUCAAGAAUUUGGAAACAGCGUUUUUGCUUCAUGGACCUCCUGGAUGUGGAAAAACAUUGAUUGCCAAAGCUGUUGCUAACGAAGCAGGAGCAAAUUUUAUACACAUUAAGGGUCCUGAGAUUAUGAGCAAAUACGUUGGAGAAAGUGAAUUGGCAGUGCGGAAUAUAUUUAGUCGUGCAAGGACAUGUUCUCCAUGCAUAAUAUUCUUUGAUGAGGUAGAUGCUUUGACAUCGCAGCGUGGAAAGGAAGGGGGGUGGGUUGUUGAACGAGUUGUAACCCAGCUAUUGGCAGAGCUAGAUGGUGGUGAUCCACGCAAGGGGGUUUACGUAAUUGGUGCUACCAACAGGCUAGAUGUGAUUGACCGAGCACUCUUACGGUCCGGAAGGUUUGGGGAGAUUCUGUAUGUCACCCUGCCAAACCAAGACGAGCGUGGGUUGAUCUUAAAAACUCUUUCUAAGAACUGCUCAUUAGAUGCUGAUGUUGACUUGAUUGCAAUUGCUCGGAGCAAGGCUUGUGAAAAUUUAAGUGGAGCUGAUCUAAAAAGAAUGAUGGCUAAAGCUGCAAUGGUUGCUCAUAGAGAAAACUGCAGUAAAAUUAAAGCUGUUCAUUUUGAAAAAGUAUUGAAAAAAAUCAAGCCUUCUGUCACUGAUAAGGAAAGAGAGCAUUACGAUCUAAUGGCAAAGAUCCUCGAGUCUUAAAAUGCGGAGUAUGGUUUUGCUGCCGGUUAUUAUUCUUUUAUAGCAGCUACUAGCCAAGGGUUUUACACGCGUUACGAUUUAAUAUUCA